AUGCUCAAAUUCCAGGACGUUUCAGACGGCCUCAAUCAGCACCAUCGCCAUGGCCAGAGCGUCGUUGGGAUGGUACAAAAUUUGGGCCAUUCCAUCCUCAGCCCCCUCGAGACUUUUAUCCUAUUCCUGUACCCGAACGACCAUGGUGUUCCUUUUCCGCCAGACUCUCCUGACCUGGAAAAGAAGCUUCCGGUUAUGGUUUUCCUACACGGAGGUGCUUUCACUUAUGCUGCUGGAUCCGCUGGAAUGUACGAUGGGAGAGUCUUGGCUGAUAUCUCGCGUGAUGAUGAGAAGACUCCAACUAUAAUCGUAACCCUCAAUUACCGAUUGGGUGUUUUAGGGUUUCUUGCAAGCGAAGAGAUCAGAGAGUACAACAAGAGUCACGGAGAAGAUGGGGUUGGAAACUAUGGCCUCUGGGACCAGGUGGAGGCCCUGCGGUGGAUUCAGAAACAUAUUAGUGCUUUCGGUGGCGACCCUGACCGAGUGACCCUCUUUGGCCAGAGUGCCGGUGGAGUGGCAACUAAUAUUCAUCUUCUUCGGGACGAGCCUCUAUUCUCAGGAGCUAUCUUGCAGUCUGGACUACUUCCACUGUGCGGUAUCAUGACUGUGGAACAGUACCAGGUCAUCUACGAGAAGACACUACAAGUCUUGGGUAUUUCGUCAGACCUUCCACCCAAAGAAAGACUCGAGCAACUGCUCAAGGUUGACGAGUCCCGUAUAACUGCUUCCAUGGUUGAUGUUUUUAUGACCCCCGUGGUGACUCUUGCACCUUGCGACGAUCAUUUCUUGAUCAAUGGUCCCAUGCCAUCCUGGAGCGAUUUCGGUAAUUUUAAGACUCCUUCAUGGUGCAAAAGAAUCAUGAUUGGAGACGCCAAGAAUGAAUGCAUUAUUUGGAACAAGGCAUACCGAGAUAUUCCAUCCUCCAAUCUUCUCUCACGGUGUGAAUCCGUGGUAGGACUGGAGACUGCACAGAAACUGCUUGAUAUCUACAACAUCACACCAACAAUGUCCCCUACUGAGACGUUCUAUGCUAUUGAGAAGUUCACCACAGACGGAAUGUAUCUGGCUAUUAAUUAUGAUGCUAUGCGCGCAGCCCCUGAGUGUUUUGCAUACCAUUUCGAUGAGCCUUCACCGUACGACAAUGAGUGGGGUGGUCUGGCGCAUCAUAGUUUUGAAAACAUCUUUAUCUGGAGUGUUUUACGACACACACUGCCACCUUCUCAACAAGAGCAAUCAAAGAGGAUGGCAGCACUGUGGCUAAAAUUUGGUCAGGGCCAGGAUCCUUGGCCGAAAUUCGGCAAGAAUGAAAAUAUCAUGAUCUUUGAAAACGGUCAAGCUAAUUUAAAGACACCGACUGAAGAUGCAGAGCGAGGUUAUGGGAAGUGGUCUCAAAUCCAGAAAGAGGGCCUCCAGGAAGAAUUUGGAAAGCUGGCAGACGACCUGUGUAUCUUGCGAGGUGAUCUGUUGAACCCUGAUGUGCAGCCAAUCCCUGUUGCUGUUUCCGAUAUCGUUCCCAUUGCUCGCAGGACAGGAGAGGUUGGCAUUUUGUAA